AUGCAUGAAUUGGACAAACAGCUGCCACACUUUGAUUCAGACAAUCAACAUUUCCGGUGCUUUGCUCACAUUUUGAACCUUGGUGUACAAGAUUUAUUAAAGACCUUAGCAUUACACAGUGAAACUGACAAUAAGGGACAAGAACAGCAGUAUGAAGACAAUGAAGACGAAACUGAGGAAGAUGAAGAAUAUGCGCCAAAUAUUGCUGACUCACGUACAGCUAUAACAAAAUUACGCAGUAUUUCCAGUAAAAUAAAAAGAAGUGAGAUAUUGAAGAGGAAGUUUCAGUCUGCUUGUGAAGCAGCUGGCGUGCCAUCAAAUCUGAACCCCAUACUCGACUGUCCAACGAGAUGGAAUUCCACACAUGAUAUGAUUGGAUUUGGUUUAAAAGUGAGAACUGGCAUUAACAUAUUGUGCACUUCUGUCACUGAAUUGAAUGAUUUUCAAAUCACAGAUAGUGAAUGGCAAAUACUCGAAAAAAUACAUAAGUUUCUAAUAAACUUUAAACUUCUAUCAACGAAACUUGGUGGAGAAAAAUAUGUUACAUUACCGCUAGUCAUUGUAUCAUUCAAUCCCUUGCUCGAUAAAAUUGAAUCCAUGGUAAAACAAUUAGAUGAGAAACCUAAUCGAUCCGAAGUGGAUUAA